UUGUUUGCCUUCUCGUGCCGGAGGGGCGGUGUCAGUGUGAGCCUGUGCAGGUGCGCACAGGUGCGCAGUCAGGAUGCAGCAUCCUCCCGUUACUCACGCGUAAAGACGCUCGCUGUGUUCCCCACCAUGGACGUGCGCAAACACAUCGGCGGCUGCCUGCUGCUGUUCGUCCUCGCCGUCGUCUUCGACAUCACCGGCUUGAUCGUGCUCUUCGUGGGCAUUUUCGCCAACGUGCGCCUCGACGGCCGCUUCUACGGGGACUUCUUGAUCUACACGGGCUCGCUCCUCAUCUUCAUAAGCCUGGCCUUCUGGCUCAUGUGGUACGUGGGCAACAUCCAGAUGUCCGAGCACUACCACGACCCUUACGACAAGAACAGCGUCGUGGAGCGACUCGCGAGGACCUUGUCCAGGAAGAUGAGCCAGAAGCCUGGGGGAACCGCGAGGAGCCUGAAGGACGUGGACGGCAGACGACGCCCCUUGGACCCGACGCCUCCACACAAGGCCAGCAGGGUGACGUGGGGCAAAAACUCGGCCUUCCACAACCACGGGUUCGAGGGGGAAUCCAUGGAUUCACCCAAUGUGGAGAAGAAGCUGGAGAAAUCAGAGAGCGAUGGAGAGGAGAAGCCUUCAGACAUGAUGGAUAUUUGAGUCCUGAGAGUCCUGAGACGAAAGAAGACGUUUUGGAUCAUUUCCAGGUUGAUUUCUUAUCAAAUAUUUGGAAAAGAAACUUGUUUCUUUUUGUCAGGAUUCUCCAAAAUCAACUUUUAGUUGCACUAUAACCGUUUACAUGAUAUCAUGGAGGAUCAGUUCAGAGUCUGAGCCAAAGAAAAUUAUUAUGUUUAUCAUUAAUAGACCAAUAUUUAAUACUUACAGUGCCUACUAAACCAAUGAGUCCCAAAGAUGUGGGGCGGGGGCCCACAGAUAGGUCGUGGGAGAGGUUUUUUGGGCCCCCAAAACAGAUUUUUGUGUAAAUACAAUGUGUAAAAAAUGAAGUUUUAAUUAAUUUGCCAAAGAUUUAAGACGAAAUAAUUAUAAUAUGUAUCAGAGAUGUGGGUGUAAAUGAGUCUCUAUAUUUUGUGUUGAUUUUAAAUCUUAUUUUUAUAAUUUGGGUCAUGAUACUG